GGAUAAAUUGCAAAUGCUGGACGGGCAGCAGCCACGUUGCCCGGCAUAACAGGGUGCAGUCAGCUGAGGGAGACGGUGAUGGCAGCCGCUCCUCCUGAGGGAGAAGGAGGCCAUUGAGGAAAGCGCCCUCCUCCGAGCCCUGUCAGGGCGCCUCCAGUUUCCAGAACUUUCGCCUGGAAAAGGCACAUUUCCCUGUCAACUGUCUUGGUUAUUUUCUUUAGUCUUAAAACAGUAAUAGAAGAAACAGUUUGGGGAAAUAACGAUUAAUAGAAGAAAAAUAUCUCAGCGGAGGAACUCUGCCUCAGCUCUCCCAUUUUGCAAUAUGGAUUGGUUUCAUUGCAACCAGUGUUUCAGCCAGGAGGGGUCUGAUUUUUCUGUCACCAGCUGUGGACACAUAUUUUGCAAAAAAUGUGCUGGCUCAGAUAAAUGCCCAUCUUGUGGAACAAGCACAAAAUAUUUGCUUCUUAAUGAUAAUAUGCAACCAGAAGCAAAAAAGUUUUUCAAAAGUCCCGUUGAACUUGUACUCGGCCAUAUUGCCCAUAUUUCUCAGGUGUGGACUUUCCAGAAAAGCCAGAUGGAGCUGCUUGCCUCUUUUUAUAAAUACCGUGCUUCAAAGGCUGAAGGAGCUCUGCAGCAAGUUUACCAGGAACUAACUACACAGGAAAAGGAGCUGGCGGCAUUACAGAAGGAGAACAGGGAACUGAUGAAGAAUCUCUGCUCAUUGGAGGAUUCCCCACAUCAACUCCAGGAUAGCAGAAACAGCACACCGAGGCCAGUUGCCAUCAAACCCCCCUUACAGCCAGUUACACUACUGUUUAAUUUCCAGAAGUCCAGUGAAGUGAUCAGCCGCUCCUCUUCCAUGGAUUCCAUCUCCUCAAGAGCUAGCCACCCACCAAACUGGCAACUUGCUACAGGAACCACCUGGAUGUCUUACGGCAGGAUGACCCCAGAUAUCCCUAAUAAUGCUACUCCUUCUCCAGCAUCCACUAGAGGCUUAUUCCACAGAUCAGGUGGAGGAGGACCAUAUGCCAGAACAUCACAGCAUUGAGAAGCUGCACCCCAUACAGGACCACAUGUGCCAGCAGAGCUCACCAACAAUAAUGGGGAGGACUGAAGUAACUGCUUUUAAUAGCAGCACCAUGGAAAAUGUGUCACCACCAUCACCUCAUAGCUCAUUCAGGAACAACCUGUUAAGGACAUGAGAUGCUUAAUCUGCACAGUAAUAAAUUUCACACAAACUCAA